CAGGAAACUUGGCAUGGCAGGCCAGAAGCUUGGUGCCUCUGCUCUGCUCUGUUACAUCCAUCACGAGUCCUCCGAGCCUGGCCACUACUUUAGCCUCACUGUGGCCAACGUAGGCACCUGCCAGGCUGUACUGUGUCGUGAUGGGCAACCUCUUGCCCUCUCGAAGGUUUUCAGCCUAGAACAGAGCACUGAGGAGAUGGAGCGUGUCAAACUGGCAAAAGCUAUUAUCACUGAGGAUAACAAGGUGAGUGGGGUGACAUGCUGCUCACGGUUACUUGGCUGUUCCUACCUAUUUCCUUGGGUGCUUCCCAAACCCUGGGUGCACACAGAGCCUCUGUGUUCCCAGGAUGAGUUCCUGAUCCUAGGAAACAAAGCACUCUUCCAGAAGGUUUCCUACCAGGAGGCAGUGAGCACUGUGCUAGCUGUCAGAGACCCCCGCGCUGCUGCCAAAAAGCUCUGCACGCUGGCACAGAGCUAUGGGUGCCGGGAUAAUGUUGGAGCAGUAGUGGUAGCUUUGCAUAUCGGAGAAGACAGCUGUACGUGCGAGCCUCCUCUCUCGAACACAGAAGCCCGAGGACCACCUGCCCCAACACCUUUACCGAUCUCCGUGUCCCCUGGUGACCCAGCCACACUGUCUUCUAGCAGUGGCAUUGCCUCAGAGUUUAACAGCGAGAUGUCAGCUUCGGAAGUGGGCAGCGAGGCUGGGUCCACAGCUUCGGACGAGCACCCCUCUUCGGGACCAACGGCUCGCCCGGAGCGCCGCUGUAGUUUGCAUCCCACUGCUACCUUGUGUAACAUGGGGCCACUGGUGAGCCUGGGGCCAGGGGCGCACCUGGCUCUAUUCCAGCGGCAACCUUCCAGCGCCACCUUCUCAAGCAACCAAUCGGACAAUGGACUUGACAGCGAUGACGAGGCUCCUUUAGAAGGUGUCAUCUCAAACGGGAGCAAGCUAGAGGUGGAAGUGGACAUCCACUGCUGCGCUUUUCAGCUGCGCUCCGGACCACCGGAAAGUCCCAAGGACCUGGACUGCCGGCAUGAUUCGAGGGGCUCGGAUUAUCCCAACAGCAAAAUGUGGCGGAAAAACAGCGUGGUGGUUUCUGCCACCAACGGCUGCCUGCUGGCUGUAUGUGGCCGAGAGAUCUCAGAUCUGAAGAAGUCUCCUUCAACCUCCAGCCUCUUCGGGAAGAAGCUAUCUAAUGGCUCCGUAGUGGCUCCCGAGGAUAGCCACAAUAUCAUUGAAGUAGCACUCGAGGCCCCAAAAAAGAAAUCUGGAUAUUUUGCCGCACCAGCCCAGCAAGACCCGGAAGACCAGUUAAUUAUACCGCCUAGUCUGGAGCAGGAUGUUCGGGAGCAAAUGAGAGGUCAAAGCCCUGUGGUUCCCGGGCCGCCGCCGGCUCCUUCAACGCUACCCUCAGCGAGAGACCCCAACUGGGACCAUCCUCAGCCCACCAUCCCCAGUCUCCACCCCACCACCGUCCUGCAACAGGACGUCUAUGACACAGCUCUAUAGUUGGUGCAAGAGGACCACAUCAUUGGAGCAUAUCUGCAUCAUAGUGCCACAUCAAAGAGGCUAGCACGCUCUUCCUGCCUUCGAGAUAAUCCAGUUCUUAUUUAGCGUCAUCACGUGUGGGUCCCUGCAUGUGCAUUCUUGGGCUGAUCUGUGGUGGUGUAGCCACAUCCAAGUCAAGGAAGGAAGGAUGAAAAUGGGUGAAAAUGUCAGGACCGAUGAAAUCUUGAAGAUUGAGGUCUCAGAUUGUGGAAAAACAUGGGCUAUUCCUGACCAAAAACCACAGCAUGGAGCUGGAGUACCUCAUACAUCACCAUGCGUGAGUUCAUUUCGACAUUCGCCCUUUAUAUCAAAGGUCACAGGCUUAAGUAGGCUUCAAUGAUCACAUUUGCCUUCUCGUGGAGAGAUACUAUCAGCUAAACUGAGACCAAAAGAUGAGAAAAGUGCCUCUUGAAGAUGGUUGAGGUUCAGAGAGCCUUUACUGUUCUGGUGUACGUGCAGUGUUGUUCUCCUACCUUCCCAUAGUGGCGACUAGUCCGUAAUCUGCACUUUUGAAGUCUGUGAGGAAUAUUUCAGACGGAUCUCUUCCCCAUCUGACCUGCUGGAAUAAUCCCGCUCCAUUUCAUGGAAAAGAGUGGUCGUUGUGGAAAUAAGUAUUGUUGAAAAAGACCAGAGCAUUCUCCAGCUUCCCUGAUCCCCUCUCUUGUAUGCAUACGGGAUCUCCCAGACAAAGCCAUGGGGGUCUCUGGAGCCCUCUGCACAAUAGAAGAGUACAACGACCCCAACAUAACAUUCAAAUCCUGGAGAGGGAAUCAGUCUAGUGAUGGAGGUCAGAGUGAGAUGGAGACAAAAACUACAUCCAAUACUCAGUGGAAGCAUCGUCACACCUUUAUGGCCAAGGUCAUUUGGGGAGCAGAAAGACCUCACAACCCUGUCUGAAAUCAUAACUUGAGCUGUCUCGGGUUGUCUAGAGUACUUGAAGUUUCGAGUCUGCCAUGACAACAUGACAGAGCCCAUGCUAUAGAGCCUUGGGCCGUAAAUAUGUCAUUGGGUCUUUGUAGUAGUGUGGUUUUACUGUUGAUCUGAGUGAGGUUGGGAUAUUUUUUCAUCAUCUCAUAUUCAAGGAAGAAAAUGAACAGCUGACAUUUAGGUUUUUAUGUGAGAGGUACCAGGCAUAUGAUAUCAUGUAUUGUGCAUCGAGUGUGUGGGUAUGUGUGCUCUAUUUUAGCCAUGCAUGGUACGUAUAAGGAAACAGGCUGGUCAGAGUUUGUUUUUUAUUUGAAUCAGGGGACCUGAGGAAAGAGACUAUAUUGGGUCAUUUGAGUUUGUCAUUGCCACAAUCACAGUAUCAGGGAAUUCUGUGCAGUAAAACACUGUGCUCACGGUUUGAGGAGACAUCUAGUGGUGUUUAUUGGAAACAACACAGUUUUUUUUCAGGGUUUUCCCUGAAAUUAAUAUAUAUAUAUAAAUAAAAAAAAUUUACACAACUCAUUAUUACAUUUAAGUGGGGAUUUAAAAUUAGGGACAAUCGAGUGCAAAGCCCAUUAUUAAUUGUUAUUGCAUUUACUGAUGUUAUCUGAAGCCCUUUUUUUUCUUUUGCCAAUUGUAGGGCAUCAGUUGUAUUAAAUUAUGUUUAUAAUUUAUUAGGUGUACUCUCAUAAUUCAUUAGAUUCAAAUAAUUCAUAGUCUUUACAAAGGAAGCAAGUUCCCAUUGACACUAAUGCACUUCAAAAUAGAAACUGAAUCUCAUAGAAGUCUCAGAAUUUGUAAGUCAUCAACUUGAAAUUGAGCUUAAGUGUGUUUGUAUGCUCGGAUAUUAUGUUUAAGCCAUUUCAUCUCAAGAUUCAUUUGAUGAAUUCUAUGCUUUAUAAGUGGACAUUUUGAGUGUUUUUCUUUUAGUUUUUUUUAAUGUUCUCCAUGGUCAGAUGGCAAUGAUCUUUGUGCCAAACUUCCAUACAGAUUUGUGUUCGCUAUAUGUAUGAGGAAAAAGCCGCCAUUUAACUAAUCUGAAUCCCCUUCUUUAACAUCCAGGAAGGUUUUGAAUUUGAACUUUUACUGCCAUUAACUUGUCUUCAAGCACUAGAGAGAUGUUUGUGGGGUUAAUUAUAAUUGCCUACAGACCUGAAACUGUAGCUCUUGUGCCAAAAGAUGCGUAGUAGUGGUACUUGAAGGAAAGGUAGGUUAUUUUGAGUAUUUCGGUCGUCCCUUGGAUGCUACUGAGAGCUGAAGCCAGUGGCAUGGACGCAGCAACCCUGCAUGACUCAUCGGGGGUUUUUCUGUCAUGGCCUUAAAGCAGGUUUUCCUCAAUCUUUUCUUUAGUGUUUAUAAUCCAAUUCCCUUUUUUGCACUCAAAAAUGUGAAGUACAAUUUUCUAGAAACUGAUCCCUAACCAUUUAGAGGUGUAUGCUUAAGUGCAUCAAGUAUUAUUGUACAAUCCUAUAAAGUAAAAUGGUUUUACACUGUAUAAGCACUUUGUACAUAGCUCAGAGAAUCUAUAUACAUAGACCUAUUUAAGAAUUGCAUUUUGUCGAAAUGCAUAUAAAAUCAUCAUUAGGCUUUGAUUUGUGGCCUCUUAUGUAUUUUUUCUUUUAUAACCCCUGAAAAAUGUCAUUUCUUAAGUUUGGUUGAAUGGAGAGAUGUGGUUAUUGAGGCACAACAUGCUGAUUCAUACUGUGCUAAGAGGCAGAGUACAAGCAUUUGACGGCUUGCUUUGUUUGCAAGAUGUAGUCCCAAGUCUGUUAUUAGCUAUAGGAGCCUUUCAUCCCUCGCAGUGCUUUAACAUU